GGAGGAGGGAGAGCGCGUUUCAUCAUCGGCGACGGCGGCGGCCACUUAUAAAACUUCUGGGCGCGCACUCGCUCGCGCAGUCUCCGCGCUGCGAGCCUCCUCCGGCGGCCGCGGCCACUCUCACCAGCCACCCGCGCUGCAGCCCCAACCCGAAGCGCCCGGACCCUGCCCGCCCCGCCGCCCGCCCGGGCCCUGCAGCCGCCGUCCCGCCCCGCCGGGGCCGCCACCAUGGGGUUCUGGCCCGAGCCCGGCGCGCGCCAGGGCAGCGACGCCUCUUCGGGCAGAACCGGCCGCUGUUCCCGCUCGGUCUUCAGCAACAUUAAGGUGUUCGUGCUCUGCCACGGCCUCCUGCAGCUCUGCCAGCUCCUCUACAGCGCCUACUUCAAGAGCUGCCUCACCACCAUUGAGAAGCGCUUUGGGCUCUCCAGUUCCUCCUCGGGGCUCAUUUCCAGCUUGAAUGAGAUCAGCAACGCCAUCCUCAUCAUCUUCGUCAGCUACUUUGGCAGCCGGGUGCACCGUCCACGGCUGAUCGGCAUUGGGGGUCUCCUCCUAGCUUUGGGUGCUUUCGUCCUCACCCUCCCACACUUCCUCUCAGAGCCCUACCAGUACACCAUGGCCAGCGUUGGGAACAGCAGCCACUUCCAAGCCGAGCUCUGUCAGAAGCACUGGAAGGACCAGACCCCCAGCAAGUGCCAUAGCACCACCCAGGACUACCGGAAGGAGACCAGCAGCAUGUGGGGUCUCAUGGUGGUGGCCCAGCUGCUGGCAGGCAUUGGGACGGUGCCCAUUCAGCCGUUUGGAAUCUCCUAUGUGGACGAUUUCUCUGAGCCCAACAACUCACCCCUGUACAUCUCCAUCUUAUUUGCCAUCUCUGUAUUCGGACCGGCUUUUGGGUACCUGCUGGGCUCCGUCAUGCUACAGAUCUUCGUGGACUAUGGCAGAGUGGACACAGCUGCCAUUAACCUGAGCCCCGGAGACCCCCGGUGGAUUGGAGCCUGGUGGCUGGGCCUGCUCAUCUCCUCAGGCUCCUUGGUUCUCACCUCUUUCCCCUUUUUUUUCUUUCCUCGAACAAUGCUCAGGGAAGCAGAGAGGUCUCCUGCCAUAGUGGAUGAAGCAAGGAAGAUGGACGAUGCCAAGCCAAGAAGUUCCCUGAUGGAUUUCAUUAAACGCUUCCCCCGUAUCUUCCUGAGGCUGCUGAUGAACCCACUCUUCAUGCUGGUGGUCCUGGCCCAGUGCACCUUCUCCUCGGUCAUCGCAGGCCUCUCCACAUUCCUCAACAAGUUCCUAGAGAAGCAGUAUGGUGCCUCCGCGGCCUAUGCCAACUUCCUCAUUGGUGCUGUGAACCUUCCUGCUGCAGCGCUGGGAAUGCUGUUUGGAGGAAUCCUCAUGAAACGUUUUGUUUUCUCUCUGCAAACCAUUCCCCGAGUGGCUGCCACCAUCAUCACCAUCUCCAUGGUCCUCUGCGCCCCACUCUUCUUCAUGGGAUGCUCCACCCCCACUGUAGAGGGUGUCUAUCCCCCCAGGACAUCAAGUUCUAUACAUCUGCAGUUUCCCUCCUGCUACAGGCACUGCUCGUGCCCAGAUUCCGUCUUCCACCCAGUGUGCGGAGACAACGGAGUUGAGUACCUCUCACCGUGCCACGCCGGCUGCACUGGCAUCAACAUCAGCUCCGUGACCUCCAAGCAUCUGACGUAUCUGAACUGCAGCUGUGUGACCGGGGCGUCUGCUUCAGCCAAGACGGGAUCGUGCCCCAUCCCCUGUGCCCACUUCCUGCUCCCAGUCAUCUUCCUCAUCUCCUUCGUGGCCCUCAUAGCCUGCAUCUCUCACAACCCACUCUACAUGAUGGUUCUGCGUGUGGUGAACCAGGACGAAAAGUCAUUUGCCAUCGGGGUACAGUUCUUGCUGAUGCGCCUGCUGGCCUGGCUGCCCUCUCCAGCCCUCUACGGCCUCACCAUCGACCACUCGUGCAUCCGGUGGAGCUCGCAGUGCUCAGGGAGGCGUGGGGCCUGUGCGUACUAUGACAACGAUGCUCUCCGAGACAGGUACCUGGGCCUGCAGGUGGGCUACAAGGCACUGGGUGUGCUGCUGCUCUUGUUCAUCAGCUGGCGGGUGAAGAAGAACAAGGAGUACAAUGUGCAGGAGAAGGCUGCGGGCCUCAUCUGACCCUUGACCCUUGGCCCAGCCACUGCCUGCUCCAGAAAGUGGACCCUGCCCCUCCACAACUGUCUGUAUUUACUAAUGUUAACAUAUUGUUUCCGGUUUUUUUAAAUAAGAGAAAACCCUAGUCACCAUUUGCCCUCUCUGCCUCCCCUCCACCCCUCUCCCCUGGCAGGAUUCCUCGGGUCCAUUGUGUACCUGGGCUGGAUGGGCACUGGACUGGAGGGCCAGGCCUUCUCAGCUCCUUGGGAGGCAGCCCUGUGCCCAGGAUCUCCUCGGUGCUGGAUCUCCCAGCAAGGAUGCAGCCCCUGCCCCCCACCCCAGUGUUGUGGGGAAGGCUUUCCUAAGUGGAGAGAGCAAAGCAUUAUCUCCCCAGAGCGAAAGGGAGAGGGCUAGGUUAUGGUUAACAGCCAGAGGCAGGCUAGGGGAGGGAGGGGCUUGGCUGUAACCCCCUUUGUGUCUUGGUUCAGCAUCAGCACAGAACCCAGGAGGGACUGGCCUCCUUCCCCUCAGAUCUUUGCUUCUUUCCCCAAAAGGCCAUUUUGGAAGCUGCCAUGUUGGGGAGUAUGGCCAGCCGAUUCCCUCUCAGGU